GCUGCAGCCAGGUUAGCAAGGGGCAGUGCUCUGGCCUUCUGUUCCGGGCCAACAGGGGCAGCGUUCUGGUCCUCUGAUGAAGAAGAAGACAGCAGACCGUAGCGCCAGUCCGUAGAAUUAAGCAUUUAAUUCAACCACCUUCUUAAUAUAUUUGUUCUUCUUCUUAUUGCAACAAUACAUGCACAGCUGUAUUGAAACGUUUCCAUUCGCGGGGGAGGAUCGUAAUAAUACCCCUUAUAUCUCUUAUUCCGUCGAGGAGUGACGUGAUAUUUCCACUCAGCAGCCGAUGCAUGGAGCGACCGCCAGCGGACCGAUGAGAGAGCAGCUGGUCGGGGAGCGAGGAUGUGCCCUCGGCCCUCGGCCCGGGUCGGGGUCCUGGCUUUGGAUAGGGCUUGGGUCCUGUCUCUGGUUCUAGUCGGGUCUCUGCUAGUCCAGGGAGCCUUCGGCCACCACGUCCCGGCUCCUAGCGAGGUGGUCCUCCAGGUGAACCUGAGGUCAGACCGCCUGACAAAGAGGAGCUCUCCUGAAGACCUUCGUCUGAAGAUGAAGAUCAUCUACGACUCCAGUGUCGACCAACUAACAGCUGAUAAACGGAGGCUUGUGAAGGACAAGCUGUUUCCUCAGGCCAUUGAGUACCUUCAGAAGGUCUUCAGUGUCCGACACCGUGUGGGACUGCUGCUGCUAAGCAGGCAGUGUGCUAGUGGACGCUACCUGAGGAAGAGGGGCGACCCUCAUCGCUACUGCCAGGGGGCGUGUGCAGAGCAGACCCGCUGUGGACCCGUCAUCGUCCCACAGCACCACUUGCAGUGUAAGGUUUGCAGUGAGUCAGGGACGUCCUGUGGCCCCCAGGGGCCCCCAGACGGCGUAGGUGUGGAGCACUCUGACUUCAUCCUCUACGUCAGCGGAGUGAUGACAGAUCGCUGUGGUCAGGAGAACAUCAUAGCCUAUGCAGCUUACUGCCAGCUGGAGAACACGCUAGACCGGCCGGUGGCUGGCUACGCCAACCUGUGUCCCUCUAUGAUCUCCUCCGAGCCCCAGGAGUUUGAGGGCAUGUUGGCCACCGUCAAACAUGAGGUCAUCCAUGCACUGGGGUUCUCAGCGGGUCUGUUUGCGUUCUUCCACGAUGACAAGGGAACUCCCCUGACGCCGCGCUACGCUAGUGGGCUGCCAGCCUUCAACGAGAGCCUGGGUUUGUACCAGUGGAGCGAGGCAGUGGUCCGCUCUGUUUCUCGCCUCUGGGACGUCAGAGGAGGUCUCAUGAUCAGACACCAGGUCCAUCUAUUGGUCACGCCCCGUGUUGUGGAGGAGGCCCGGAGACACUUCAACUGUCCUGUCCUGGAGGGCAUGGAGCUAGAGAACCAGGGAGGAGCGGGAACCCAGCUCAACCACUGGGAGAAACGACUCCUGGAGAACGAGGCGAUGACGGGUUCCCACACUCAGAACCGGGUGUUUUCCCGCUUGACGCUGGCGCUCAUGGAGGACACAGGCUGGUACCAUGCCGACUACAGCCACGCCCAGCGCCUCGAUUGGGGGCGGGGUCUCGGCUGUGACUUCGUCAUGAAGAGCUGCAAGUUCUGGAUGGACAAACAGAAGCAGAGGCGGGUUCCUGCGACUCCAUUCUGUGACACGGUGAGGUCGUCUCCCCUCCGGCUCAGCUGCAGACAGGACCAGCAGGCGGUGGCGGUCUGCAACCUGCAGACACACACACACACACUGCCCUCCGAAUAUCAGUACUUUGAUCAGAUCGAGGGCGUGGCUGCGGAGGAGCUCCCGUAUUACGGGGGAGCUGUGGAGAUUGCUGACUACUGCCCCUUCAGCCAGGAGUUCAGCUGGCACCUCAGCGGAGAAUACCAGAGAAACUCCUACUGCAGGGUACCAGAGAACCAGCCAGAGUGGUGGAGGAACUAUGCAGUUGAGCACUACGGUCCAGACUCGGUGUGUGUGUACCAGCGGUCCGCCUUCAGCAUGGAGCAGUGUGACAAGAAGAUGACCUACCCUGACUGGGGGUCAGGCUGCUACAAGGUGGUGUGUUCGCACCAGGGUCUGGCUGUGUACGUGGAGGAGCGCUCGUUCCCAUGCGUGCGUCCUGGUCAGCUGAUCAGUGUGAGUGUGCGUCUGAGCGGCUGGGUCUAUAACGGCAUGCUGGUCUGUCCCUCCUGCGCCGACCACUGUGACCUCUGCCCUGAGCAGGCGGUGCCCUUCAACGCAACCCGAAGCACUGCUAUAGACCCGUGCUCCGCAAGUCCUGGUCUGGCUCUCACUGUCCGGCUGCUGCUGGUCAGCCUGCUUGGCAGCCGGAUUUCCCUGUGACGCUCUGCAACACAGCUGAUGGAGAGCUCCUCCUCUAGGCUAACCAUAGUACCAGGUUGCCAUGGUCCCCAGGCAGGGUUUUUCAUCCCUCCAUCACGAAUCCUCAGGGAAAAUCCCCACAAUCCUUUUCUGCUCAGAUCUCAACAGAUAAAGGCACUGUUCCAAAACGGACAGUAAAUGUUGGAACACACACAGAUGCAGCGACCAGUGACCAGCCGAAGCUGUCUUAGCCUUUGGGACAAUGCUAACGCUAGGUGCCAUCCCAGGACAUGAAACAGUAAGCUGAUGAUGGCGAUGCUGACUCACUGUGUCAUAAAGUGAGAAGGCAACUCCAUCCUGAUUCUUAGUGACUACCGCUAGCCAUGCUAAUGCUAAGUUGGCUAAUGCUAACUAAGCUGACUCCUAUGGUGCUUUUAACUUUAAAGUUUAUUCAAUAGUUUAGCUGCGGUUUAUCAACAUUUUAAGCACUGUUUUCUGAAUCGUUUUUUGUACAUAUGAAAGGGUGUGAAUGUGAUGUGGGACUGGUGGGCCAGUGUCCAGUGUGCGAAAUACCCAGUGUGUAUCAGGCUGGGGGGGGGGGGGUAUUUAGUUUCCAAAUCCUUUUUAGCUCUAAUAUUUUGUGAUCUCACAGCUGGCUAUGGGCAUAAUAGCUUUUUAGAAUACAAACUUAUUGAAUAAUGAACUUAGUUUUAUUUUUUACAUGUUUCCAUUUAAGCAAUUAUCUCCAAACAAUAUUUGGUUUUGAUUAACAGAAAUAUCUUAAUUUUACAACAUGUUCAUGAAAACCACAGCGAUAUAGUCUGAGUUGAGUUUAUGGACACGAUUGUAAAUCACCUGUUGAAGUUGCUUUAUGUCAUGAUGCACCUCUAUCAGACUAAAGCACACGAGAAGCUUUAACAGGAUGGUAAAACCAACGUAACUGUACAGUGAAAUGUGAAAAGAUAAACCCUAACUUCAGCCAUUCCUACUGUAUAAUUGCUGGUGGGGGUGUGCACGGGUACACGUGUACAUGUGUAACCGGUUAGUAAAUCAUAACCGUUUAGGAAAAAUAAGCAAACGAAAACCGUAAUGAAAAAAUGAAAAAACGCUGCGCCAUUGUUUCAAUGGGAACCGCGACGGUCCAUACUUUCAACAUAUUUAUAAUUCGAAAUUCGUCCCAGCCUUUAUACCACGGAUACUCUAGGGUCUAUAGCAUAUAACCGCUUUUUCUGAUUACAGUUUAAUGUAACUAAGCUGACAACAUCCUAAUUUGCACUGCAACUGCAAAUUAACCCCACGGAGAUAACCAUGGCAACCGGUCACAAUGCUUCAUGGGGAAUCCCUGCGGUGUAGAACAAACCUAUAGAGUGGCGAAGUCACGCCCCUUCCGGUAGAGCUCAUGGGACCUAUGAGAUCGAAAAAUAUGAAUGGGUGUCAAUGGAGAGAAAAUAAUUAUUUUCUGGUCCCAGUCUUUAUAUGCCCUGGAUUACACAAAUGUUGUUUGUGGAUUUAAAGGAUAAUUUUUCAUGCAAAGAGUUUGACCGUUUAUUGUGCAAUUGUUCAGAUAAAGGCUGUAGAGAAAACACAACGAGAAAGACUACACGGCUCGUAUGUGACGUCACGCUCCCUGCGACUGGCGUGGAGAAGACCGACAAUCUUCCCAUCGGCCUAACUGAAACUCUGCACGUGCCCCGACUUAUAGUGGUUUUCACCUCUUUCGAUGCUUUUAUCCUCCCCAUGGAAAAAGCUGUGAAGUGGGGCAGAGAGAUCGCCAUCUCUGUGCCGAGUUCCAAGUGCGGGUGUGGUGACGUAUAUCAUAUGCGUCGAGAGCAGCGAAGAGCUGUAGUUCACAAAGCGGCCUCACAUAAAACCUAAAAUUAUCAAACUUCUUCACGAGAUUUUUUAGUUUUCUUUGCAUGAAAAAUUAUCAUUUAAACCCACAAACAACAUAUGUGUAAUCCAGGGCAUAUAAAGACUGGGACCAGAAAAUAAUUAUUUUCUCUCCAUUGACACCCAUUCAUAUUUUUCGAUCUCAUAGGUCCCAUGAGCUCUACCGGAAGAGGCGUGACUUCGCCACUCUAUUCCGUGCGGCCGGAUUGAGACCCGAGGGAAUUGAUUUACAAAACCAUGCGCAUUCGAUUUACACAUCAAGGUGUUGUUUCUACAAUGUAUUUUUUCUUGACUCUUGCUGUUUUUAUUUGAUGACACUUAUGCCAAUUUAUGACAUUUAUUAUUAUUUAUUCUUCUUCUGCCCGUCUUUAUCGAUUUAGCAGUUUAGGCAUUCAGGGGUUCUCAAGUUUCAAUCGGGGGGUCUCAAGUUUCAAUCAGGGGGUCUUCAAUUUGGGGCUCGCCCCCCCGUAUUCGCACACUGCCAGUGCCCCUGUUUAAUUUAUUGAAAUGUCUGUUAUGUAAGCGUGUGUCUCCCCAUUUUCUGAUAAUUUGACUGCACAGGCAAUUUAUUCCCGUCAGUACAAUCCAAAAGCCAAUUCAACUAUACAGCCAAGUCAAAACAAAGCAUACUUAAAAUUAAGUUACCUUACCAAAUUUUGGAAAAUUAAUCCCGGACGAGCCCCCAUAUGUCACAUGCUGGCUCUAGCAUGCAACAUGAAAUGGGGGAGACCACGCCGUUUUACAAUAAUAAAAGAAUUUAUUAUAGUACGAAGAUAAUUUUACAUAUAAUUAAAUAGAAUAAAGAUAAAGAAGUGUGGUAUAAAUCAGUUAAAUGUAAAGUAACCCAAAGUGUCAUGCAAAAGUCAGUCUGUGUGUAACCAAACAAAGGACAAAGAAAACCAACACGCCGGGAGGAGGGAGCGACCAUGACUGUUGUGAAAGCAGGCUUUUAACCUGCUGCCAACACAGGCACACCUGAACUGCAUCACCUAUUAAGAGAGAGAGAGAGAGAACAGGCAAACCAAACAGCCAGGGUGGAGUCAAAGCAAGGGUGGAGUCAAAGACUCACCAGGGUCGUCACAAUGUCCUUAUGAAAUUGUUUUAUUUCAGAAACCAUUUUUUUUUAAUAAAAGAAUGCUGUCUCUUGACAUUCAUGUUGAUUUCUUGUUUUAACCUUGACUUUUUAACAUGUUAAACAACCAAAUAAAUAAUUUAAAUCUACCGCAAGUAAAUCUAACUUUCCCUGAAGUAAAAUAAGUUUCUGCCCCUUAGCCCUAUACAACCACUACCCAGGCCUUAGUGUAUGGGUCUGUCCCUUAGCCCUAUUUAACACUAAGCCUUAGUGUAUGGGUCUACUCCUUAGCCCUAUGUAACCACUAAGCCUUAGUGUAUGGGUCUGCCCCUUAGCCCUAUAUUACAACUACCCAAGCCUAUUUGUAUGGGUCAGUCCCUCAGCCCUAUACAACCACUAACAAGGCCUUAGUGUAGGGAGGGACCAACAUAUUUUCUCUACUCUAAAGAUUCUAGUCGGUUGGACUGAAUGGCCAUUAGGGGUAAUUUAUGACUCGAAGCGACUUACCGUAAGUCCAUUUGUCAGAAGAAAGAGAAACAACAAGAUAUCGCUGUAGGUACAGUAAGGAUGUUCAUAGAACCAAGUGCUAAGCACUAACAAUCACCAGGUUAAUGCAUUACAACAAAGGUAGCUAGGGUAAGAUAGUAGAUAAGUACCAUUUUUAAGUGCCAGGACGUACAACAUAUAAUAAGUCUGUAAGAGGGGAUGGUUUUAGGGGAGUAAGGGAGGAGGAGGGUCGUUUGGGGGUAAGGGAGGAGGCUAUGCAGAGUCCAGGUGAACUUGGCGGUAUAUAUUGAAUUAGCCUAAUAGUUGUUUCAAUGACUGCAUGCAGUCAACAGCUUACUGGUCUCAAGAAAUUGUAUCAACGACUAAAAACAUUGUAACAAUUGAACAUCUUUGAUGCCUCCCAUCUCUUUUAUUCCCUCUCAUAUCCCACCGCCCGCAUCCUCCUGUACUGUGACAGGAGUGUGCUCUAGAUUUUCCUGCCAGGAUCUUGAAUCUGUUCCGGUGUGAGUACCAGAUGUGUUCGGCUGCCAGAUCGAGUCCUAGAUGCGCAAUAAUGACGCACUUCCUGUAAAAGAUGUCAUUAAAUGCGCAUGCGCGCGUCACUCAGUAGCCGGUGUGUCAGCGAUAUGUAAAUGUAUUCAUUGCUAAGAAGUAAGUAGUUAUUUAGCUGUUGAUAAACAGCUUUUUCAAUGAUUUUGCUUAAAAAAUGUUAAGUUAGAUAUGGGCCUAUAAUUGUUCAUGAGUGAUGUAUCUAUAUUGUUCUUUUCUUAGAAGUGAAUUGAUGACUGUUGAUGACUGUUUUUUUGAACAAGCAUUGAUUUCAUACAUCUACAAGUAAGUAAUUUAAUUGCUGUAUAAAAUAAAUCCAAGUCAUACAAAUGCUCAAAUUAAUACCUUAAAUGGUAUUGGUAUUAAAAUGUAUUUAAUUAGUCCUUCAAAUGUUUUAUAAAUGCCAAUACAUUGGGAUUGGGAUUUUGUCAGACAUUAUUUUCUCAUGUUAUUUAUAAAUACCGAAAUAAUUUAAGCAGAAGCAUCUAUCAGUCAAAAAUGCAUCUCAAAUGUACACCUUAGUCAGUUAGUUCAGUAUGGCAUUUAAUGUGGUUUUAGAAAUUCAAGUCUGAGUCCAUGACUACACCAAGAUUUCUGUCUUGGUGUGUGCUUUCUAACAUAACAGCUGUGCACUGACUUUUAAUUGUUCAUCCCUUGCACCAAAGACCAUUACUUCAGUUUUUUCAUUGUUCAAUUGAAGACAAUUUUGGCACGUCCAGUGAUUGAAGUAGUUAUUUAGCUGUUGAAAAGCUUUUUCAAUGAUUUUGCUAAAAAAUGGUAAGUUAGAUAUGGCUUGAUGACUGUUGUUUUCAGAGCCUGUGGGAAUACACCUGUGUGAUAUCGCCACUGCAGGCAUCAUGAAAAAAAAGAAGUAAUAAUAUACAUAUGUCAGUGUGUGUGCUCGUGUGUGUAUCCAAACACAUACACUGCAAUUCACAUACACACAUACAGCUCAAUGUAAAUCCAUGAAAACAUCAUGUUUUGAUCCCGCGGCCAAUUGAGGAUAUAUUCAUGAAUGUGAUAACACAUUAUAUACAUUCUUAUAGGCCUACCUUGAAAUUUUUAUUAUUUUACAGAUGUUUGUUAAAUUAUAGAGCAAAGAUAACCCUAGUGGAAAAGAGGAAAAUGUUACAUUUUUUAUUGUUAUUAGUUGUAUAGGCAAGGUUACAAUUCAUUGAACAUCUGGAAAAUCAUAAAAAAAAAAAAUCUAUUUUCAAGGAAUAGGAUGAAUAUCUAAUAUGAACACAUUCAUGAAUUCAUCCUCAAUUCACCAUGGGAUCUAAACAUGCCGUUUUUUAUGGAUUUACAUUGAGCUGUUCCUCAGUUGUAUCAAUGUAUUGUCUUAUUUAUUCGGUUUUGUAUGAGCAAAUAAAAUCUCAUCAAUCAUAUGACUGUCCAAGUUCUUCAUUUUCAGUUAAUAGAAACUAGAAAAUACUGUCUUAAUAUCUAACUUUAACAAUACCAAUCCUUACUUUAACAUAUGUGAAAAUAAAAAUAUGCAUUCAUCAGUGCUUUUAAACAUGUUUCCAAUGGCUUU